CGUGGCACCUACCAGGGAGUAACAGCAACCAUAAUGAAGCAAGGCAGUAAUCAAGCUAUGCGUUUCUUUGUCAUGGAAACAUGUAAGGACAAGUAUCGUGGUGGUGACCCAACAAAACCUGUCCCUAAACUGAUUGUUGGUUUGUUUGGUGGUUUAGCUGGUGCUGUUUCAGUUUUUGGUAAUACACCAAUUGAUGUAGUCAAAACCAGGAUGCAGGGACUUGAAGCCAGCAAGUACAAGAACACAAUGGACUGUUUCAAAAAAAUUUGGAUAAAUGAAGGACCUCGAGCGUAAGUUUUCUAUUUGUCU